GAUUGUGUUAAACAAUGCCAAAAACGAAUAACUCCACUGAGAUGUGGAAAAAAUCACUUUAUAUGAAUAAAAAGUUGAUCGUAUUCAAUGCAUGACUUGAACGCACACUAUGAAAAAAAAUGACGUUUCUGUCUAGUUAGUUGAUUCUACACUUACAGUGAUGUACGAUACCCAUUUGUUGUUUACUGAUAAAAUCCUUUGUGGCGUACAAAUUUGCAAAUCAAUUAUUAAUGUACAGCAGGCUGUGUAAUCUAUAAUAAUCAGUCAUGUCCUUUUUCAAGAAUGUCGCGUCCAGUUUCACCAUCCGUAGUCGUGAUUCCAUUUUAAAAGAAUCUCUAAUAAAUAACUUAUCGGAAUGCGUAAAAGAUAUACAAUACAACAAUCAGUUCGAAGAAAACUUCCAUAGUGUUCUUGGGUCGACGGAUUCUACAAACACACUGUGUAUGGCUCUCGAAGCAGUAUUUCUACAUGGUUUGAAGGACACAUUUCUGCGAAAGGCGAAAAAUGUAUUGUCAGGUGACCCAGACCUUCGACCGCAGCCGAACUUUUGGCCACUAGUCCUCGUACUCUCUCAUCGCCAGAACAUCGACGAGAUUUCGUCUUUGCUUCAGAUCAACACUGAAAUUGGACAAUGUAGGGCAUGGCUACGAAUUGCCCUCAAUGAAUGCCUACUAUCCUCUUACAUGGCGACUCUUUUGAAAAACAUAUCUGCUGUUAGGCCUUUCUAUAACAAGUCUGCCUUUGUUUGUGACUCGGAAAUUUUAGAAGUCGCCCAGAAACUAAUAGAAGGAUUAGAAACAUGCAUACAAUUUAAUUUGCCCACUAAUUCAAGUUUACUUAACCACUGGCCCGAACCCGUGCUAAUGCUGGCAGGACUGUGGGUGCCCACGAUGAGAGCAGCGCCCAUCAGUGCAGGUCUCGACAUUGCCAGCACCAUGUGUGAUGAAGAGGUCAAGCCCAAAGAUGUGUCUACUCCAACUCACAUAUCGGGAAUAACUGGUUUGGGCAGGCUAGCUCUAAAUGAAGAUGAAGCCUUAGAUUUUAUUCUAUCUGUAUCUAAUGAUAUUAAUGCCAUGGGAACACAACCUCAAAUUGAACCAGAAGCAAAAGAUGAUGAAAAUCCUACAAGUGUUGAUGAGAAUGAGCAAAAUACCAUAUUAUUAGAUCAGCCAUCUACAAGUCAGGACCAAAAUGUUCUUAGUAAUAGUUCACAAGAAGAUACAGAUGUUGACCCCCUAGAUGCUGCAGCUGAUGUUUUAAUUCCUGGUAACUCUCUGUGUGGCAAAGGAUGGUCCACUGACAAAAAUGAUGAAAUGAAUUGUUCUAUCAAUUCCAACUCAUCACAUGGCAGCAGUCUUAUAAAAACACCAGAAUUAAAAAGCUUGUCAUCCCUGCUGGAAACAGCAAAUAAUGGAACAGAAAAAUGUGUCAAUACUCCUAAUUUGCGAGACCUCAUGAAAGAUAUCCAUAAGGAGCUAAAGUUAAACACGGAUGAACCAGAAGUUGUUGAGUUAAAAUCAGAAGCUGCCACACCUGAGGACCCCAUGUUGCAAGGGUUGGGCUUUGAAAUUGUGUCAAAUUCAGUAACAGGUUCAUUUACUGUCCCUGAACUUCAGAAGAUGAUUCAGCAGCUUGGCAGCCUCUCACGAGAACAUGGUCUGGAUCAUCAAAAUUAUCAGUGCAAGGGUUGUCAAGACUUGCUGGGCAGCACUAUUUCCAAGGCUAAAGUGUGUGCUUAUACUGGCGAAUAUUACUGUUCCAAUUGCAUGGAUGCCAACUUCUUUAUAAUUCCGGCUCGGGUGAUACACAACUGGGAUUUCAAAAGAUACCCAGUCUCCAAGAAAUCAGCUCUGUUCCUAUUAGAGUUCCAGCAUCAUCCCUGGAUCCAUAUAAAAAAACUCAACCCAAAAAUAUAUACUGGGGUGUCAGAUAUGGCACAGUUACAAGAAUUAAGAAUACAACUGAACUUCUUAAGAGCAUACAUAUUCUCCUGUAGAGAACCUGUUAUUGAGGAAUUGCAGAAACGAGUCUGGCCUAGGGAAUAUUUAUAUGAUCAUGUGCACUUGUACACUAUAUCAGACCUAGUCCAGAUACCAAGUGGAUCAUUGUUAUUACAACUAGAGAAAGUUGUCAACUUUGCAAAAACCCAUGUUCUUGAUUGUUGGUUUUGUAGCCAGAAAGGAUUUAUAUGCGAAGUUUGUCGAGAUCCUAAAGUAUUGUAUCCAUUUGAAACAAGCACUACAUAUCGUUGUGAUGAGUGCUCAAGUGUCUUUCAUAUCAAAUGUUUUAAUGCAAAUAUGCCAUGUCCAAAAUGUAAACGAAAACAAAAUCGCACAAAUGAAUCUAACCUACUUUGAAUGAUGAUAACCUACUUGGAAUGAUGAUGUUUUAAUGUUUUAUCUGUAUAAAGUAAUAUUACUACAUACAGCUGUUUUUCCGCCUCAUUUGUAAAAAUAUUUUAGUUUUAUUGAUUGCUUUGCUGUGCACUGUGGUAACUGGGAAAUGGCAAUGUUACCUAGUAUACCUAUACUAUGAAUAGUAAAUUAAACAGGUCUGGGUCUGGGGUAUUAAGCAGACCAUAAAUUAUUAUCCAAGGCUUCCCAGGCAAAUUAAAGUAAGACAAAAGUAUAUUUUAGAUUAUGUUGCCCAAUUUUUUGGAUCAAAGUAAGUUGUAAUUGUUUAAAUGAUUUUUGACCAUAGCUAUGUUAAUAAGUGUCCCAAUAGUUGAUUUCAACGUAAAAAAAAAUGCCCCCCCCCCCCCCUCGCACAUAGUAAGGUAAUGUGUGAUAUGUAAACUUGUCCCACAGUCUCGCGCCCUCUUCAUAAUGUUGCUGAGCGAAGUAUGCUCGCCCCACAGUUUGAAAACGCGGUUUUAAUGCUCUAUCUUCUGGUAUAGUAUUUAAUAAGCAAUGAGGCUUAAGCCCCUCUCUACCGAGAAGUAAAAAGUAAAAUUGAUAUUGAUGUGUAUCAAAAUAAUUGAAUAUAAUGUAUGUUAAUCAGAACAUUCAUUAAUAGAACACACGUUCAAUACAUAUUUUAGAAUAAUUUUACAAAACGCAUUUAAGUACCACUUUGUUAUAAUUAUAGCAGUGUGAUCAUAUUAAAGUUAAUUUUAUUAUGGCUUAUCAGGUAAUAGGUAUCAUUCAUAAUUAUAAUGAAAGUCCUUUCUUAUGGGUAUACAUUUAUCUUACUUUAUAUGAAUGAUUUAGGUAGCCAAAUAAUCAAUGAAAAUGGGCCAUUUGUAAAAAAAUUAGGUCACUUAUAAUAUGCAUAAGUGAACCAUUUCAUAAAUAUUAUAUGUAAAAUCAGUAGUUCAGCCAAGUAAUAUGUAUGGCUACUUAGUGCAUAAAUAAAUACAUUAUUUAGUUUAGGUUCUAAGUGUGGUACACAAAAUCAAGAUAAGGAAUAAAAUAUAUGUACAUAUAUUUAUCUUAUUUAUGGCUGUAAUAGUAUAAAGUUAUACGGUUAGCUGCAGCUGAUUGUACAUUUAGGGUUAAGAUAAUUAUGGGUACUAUUAUUGGGGGAGAUGUUUUACUUGCAUAUAUUAGUCAUAUUACCUACAUUGUCUGAGUGUCUAAUUUUACUCUUAUUAUAAGAUAACAAGUACAAUACCAACUAAAAUGAAUAUAGAUAAUUAUUACACGUUUUCGUUCCUUCGGUAACAUCAUCUCACCAUUAGUGUCCCCUAGUUGUACAACCAGUAAUAGGUGGACUUUUUUUUCUGAAACACUAAUGACGUAUGAUCAUUUAUUAAAGCAUUCUGGCCGCUAUGUACUUACGAGUAUACCAUACUAUUUCUACGAUAUAAAUAUGUAUUAAAUAAUUUUUUAUUUAGUUAAAAUGCAGGAGUUCAAUGAGAAAAGUACCACUGGUCAACACCAGUGGUAACACUGGUAACUAUGGGGAGUUUUUUGAUGAGGUAAUAUGCAAAGAGUAGUAUAUAAUAUAUGUAUUUAUGAGAGUAAUAUGUUUUAGAUGUAUCUAAGCGGCCGGGGCGCUCAAUAAUAUCUGAACACGUCUGCUCGCCUCGAGAGUAGAGACUACAUGUGGCUCUCUCAGUCAUUUGUACUCGUAUAUAGAUACUUAAGAAAAGGCAUGGUCAUAGUUGCCAAGCAAAGCUGAUCAUUCAAAUAUCACGUUCAGCUCACGUAGAAACAUUACGUUUAACAAUCAUUACAUAAUAAAAAAAAUGCUGUCUAUUAACAUGUAAACAUAUUAUUUUAAGCUAUUAUAUUUUGUCAAUAUAACUCGUAUUG